AUGAAGUCCGUACGCUGGACCGCGAUCAAGAACCUCACGCAGGAGUACAUUGCGGCAAGCUCGUGCCAUGGCAUGGCCUACAUCAUGCACCCGAGGGUGUCUCUAACCGAACGAAUCUGCUGGUCGGUUGUGGUGGCGGUGUCCCUGAGCGUCUGCAUAUCGGCCAUUGUCGUGGGCCACCAGAAAUGGAUCGAGAAGCCGAUGAUCGUCAGCUUCUCACCGAAACCGAUCCCGGUGUGGAAGAUUCCGUUUCCGGCCAUCACGAUCUGCCCGCAGACGCGCAUCGACGUGGAUAAGUUCAACAUCACGGAGGUGUAUCGGCGGGCACGCACCAACCAAACGCUUUCGGCUGAUGAGUGGCGCAAACUGCGUGUCCUUUCGCACGUCUGCUCGUCGGUGAUGCGCCCUAAAAACGAUUACUACGGGCUGGGUGGGACUGAACCAGAGGUCGAGGUUGAUGAGGAAGUGGUGCAGCAGCUCGACAGCAUGUCGAUUGAGUACAGUACGGUGCUGUCGACGUGCAUGUGGAGUUUCAACUUCCGCUUGUGUUCGGCACUGUGGGCGAAGAAGAUCACGGAGAAUGGGAUCUGCUACAGCUUCAACAUGCUGUCGAGUGAGGAGCUUUACUCGGAGGAUCAAGCGUUUCGGGAGCGUGAAAUUAACGGGUACCUGCGAGCGGCAGGAUUACACAAGUUUCACGCCGCACACCGACGUAGCACGGGUUGGACGAUGGAAAACGGUUACACCAACCGGGAGGAUCUGCUCGCGUAUCCGAUGAGGACGGCUAGUGGAGGGUUUAAGGGUGGAGCGAUAGUGCUGAUGAAGUCAAGCAACCGGCACCGGGAGUACGUUUGCUCGGGGGCGCUGCAAGGAUAUAAGGUGACAAUCCACCCACCGGACGAAUUUCCCAGGCUGAGCGAGUAUUAUAUUCGUGUGCCACCGAUGCAAGCCGUGUCGGUAAUCGUGAAACCACGUGUGCUAACCACUCAACGGAGUCUUCACCGACAUCCACCCAGCAAGCGGCAGUGCUUCUUCGCGGAUGAACGGAAAUUGCGCUUUUUUCGCGUGUAUAAUGAGCAGAAUUGUGAGUUCGAGUGUCUUACGAAUUACACGCUUGAGUCGUGUGGUUGCGUUACGUUUGCGAUGCCACGUGAAAAUACGACGCGUGUGUGUAGUCAGCAGGAAAAGCGCUGUUAUAAGGCGGCCGUCACACGGCUAAUGGAGUUGGAUGAGGUGGCCAUCUACACCGGGCAGGAGGUGUGCGAAUGUUUGCCUGCUUGUACCACGAUCAAGUACGACGUGGAGCUGUCGAAUGAUUGGUUGAAUCUAGACGCGAUGUUGGACUCGCUUAUCCACAAGGAAUCCGGCAUGGAAGGCAUCGAGCCGAUGAUACUGUACGUGUACUUCAAGGAUAAUAAGUUCCUGUACACCGAGCGAGUCGAGUACAUGAAUUUCAAUGGUGAGCUGGCGAAUUUUGGCGGCAUACUGGCGCUCCUGUCGGGGAUGAGUUUGACCAGCUUGGCGGAAAUAGUCUACUAUCUCACCGUGCGUCCACUUAGCCUUUGGCUGCAACGACGGUACACUCGAGUCAAGGUUGGCCCAACUGUACCCGUCUACCGGGUGCGACCUUGGAUCCCGUAG